UGCUGACUGUGUGUCUGCUUGUCUGUGCCAUGAUGGCACUGACCAGAGCUGCAGCUCUUCCAGGAGACAUGCCUGAGAAAACUCAAACAGCAGAGAGUCACCUGGUCAAGAGGUCCACGUCUUGUUCAGCUGGUUGGUCUCUGUUCAGUGGUCGCUGUUUCCGCUAUGUUCCAAAACCCAUGACUUGGGCUAAAGCUGAGAGAAACUGUCGGUCCAUGGGUGCAAACCUGGCAUCGGUGCACAGCACACAGGACUACCAUCGAAUUCAGUGGCUGAUACUGACCGCCACUCAUCAGCAAAAAGAAACAUGGAUUGGAGGCUCUGAUGCACAAGAGGAGAAUAUUUGGUUUUGGAGUGAUGGCAGUCCUUUCCACUAUUCAAACUGGUGUCAUGGACAGCCGAGUCACUUUCACGGCAGGCAGCACUGUUUGCAAAUGAAUUAUGAAGGUCAAAAGUGCUGGGAUGAUGUGGAGUGUAACGUACAUCUCCCAUCUAUCUGUGUCAAGAAAGGCAGAUGAUUCCUGUCAGAAUCCACCAUACACAUUCAUAUGUGUUUGUGUUUAUCUUUGUAAACUCACCUGUAUCAGUCUCAUAUAUAACCUGAAGGCUCUAUAUCCCAUUUCACUUCUAUAUUUCCUCUCUAUCGCUGUAACGCUACUUAAGGAAUGAAGCAACAAGUGACAUAAACUGGAGCUGGAUCGUCUUUUAGGAGGCAAACUGUGUAAUGAAAAGAAUGAUUUUAGCACAACUUUAUUCUGCAGAGUGAACUCUUCUUUCUAGUCUAAUAUAAGAUUAAAAGUCUGAAGCAUUGA